CACUCCCCGUUUGCUUCGCGAAGUGUGGGACUCUGGCCGGUCCUUCCGAAAGUACCGCAAUGAUGGCAGCUGCGUAGCCUCUGUCUCAUGGUCCAAGAUCCUUCCAAUUUUGAGCACCACAAGCUUUCUUGGAGGUGCCGUUACACCACGAUCUUGCACGUGUCGCCCGCGAAAAUCGGUCUGCAUCCUCCUUCAACCUCCAGGCGUGCUCUACGGCGAGGUAGACGCCUGAAGAAGCUACUCAAGAUCCUUGCGCAAGUCACCGAGGCGACUCUUGCCUCCUCUUGAUGCGAUGGAGAUCAUUGAAAUGUCCACAAAAUCAGAUGGCGAUUUGGCUUGGCCAACGCCUCAAGACGUGCAGAUUAUCUCACAGGCGAACAAGCGUCCGCAACUUCGUCGUAUAUUCGGAUUCCUACCGACCCUUGCUCUCUCCUCCACAUUGCUCGCUUCAUGGGAGGCUGUUGGAUCAUCAUUUGCGGCUGGCUUGACAAAUGGCGGACCGACGGCAUUGGUCUGGGGCAUGCUUUUAUCUGUGUCAGGCACUCUUGCACUUGCCGCGUCCCUCUCCGAGAUGGCAUCAAUAUGCCCCGUGGCCGGUGCUCAAUAUCAUUGGACGUACAUGUUUGCGCCUCGUAAAGCGGCCGCUUUCAUUACCUGGAUGCAAGGUUGGAUCACGGUAUUCGCCUGGCAGGCAACCGCGACGAGCAUCACAUACUUAACUGCCACGCAGAUCCAAGGCUUGAUUAUCCUUAACUAUGAAGACUAUCAACCGCAGAGAUGGCAUGGCACAGUUUUGAUGUGGGCCGUACUGCUUGUCUUCAUAUGCAUCAACAUCUGGGGCAUGCGGCUGCUUCCAGCAAUCGAGUUGAUUGGAGGAAUCCUGCAUAUCACUUUAUUCAUAAUUAUCGUUGUCGCUCUGGUGACAUUGGCGCCUCGAAGUUCUCCCGAGUUCGUUUUUACUGGUUCACUCAACGAGGGUGGCUGGCAAAGCGAUGGAGUCUCUUGGUGCAUUGGACUUCUCACUGUGGUUUAUUGCUUCGUUGGUUUCGACGGCGCCAUUCACCUAUCUGAAGAGAUACGCGACGCUUCAAAGACCGUACCGAAGGUAAUCAUCCUUACCAUCGCGAUUAAUUCGACGCUCGCCUUCGGAUUUGUCAUCGUUCUGCUCUUCUGCAUAGGCGAUAUUGCUACUGUGCUGGGAACGAAUACCGGCUACCCCAUUAUUGCGCUUCUUUGGGGGGCCACUCAGUCCAAAGCUGCCGCCUCGGCAAUGAUGGCUGGAAUCAUCAUCAUCGCUUUCAGCUCCGGCUUUGCUCUGCUGGCGUCCGUUUCUCGCCUCACGUUUGCGUUUGCCCGGGAUGGCGGGAUGCCCUACUCUAAAUUCUUCGCAACAGUUGAUCCCCGAUAUUGCAUACCCGUCCGGAGUGUGCUGUUGGUCUCCUCUGUCAUCGCCCUCCUCUCACUGAUCAACAUAGCGAGCUCCGCGGCCCUAAAUGCCAUCCUGUCACUUACGACUUUGGCUCUCUAUGUCUCAUACCUCAUUCCUAUCAGCUUGCUUGUCCUCAAAAGAUUACGCAAGGAGACGAUCGAUUUCGGACCCUGGCACCUCGGCGAUUUUGGCCUGGCCGUCAACAUCUAUGCUCUCGUCUUCGGGAUCUUCAUAAUUAUCUUUCUGCCAUUCCCGGCGUCAGUCGCACAGCCGCUAACUACGGAGUCUAUGAACUAUGCCGGUCCCGUCUUUCUUUGCGUUCUGAUUCUUGCGCUGGGCGAUUGGAUGAUACGGGGAAGGAAGCACUAUGCUGGGCCCGCAAUGGAUUAUCGUGGGACCGGCUCAAGUCUGUGGUCGGCCUCGAAACCUGAGAUUGUCACUGUCGUGGUGAGACCUAAGCUUUUUAAUGUUUAGCUUCUUACCAUCUUGCAAUACGCGGGAGACACAAUAUUGCGGCGAGCCAUAUUGAAAUCCCUUCGCACGAUCAAGUUCGCCUGCAGUCCAGACAAUAAGAGUACGGUUGUGCUCAGGCUCAUCAUGGACGGUUU